UUGUCCUCUCAAAGUUCAAACCCUACCCAGCUUUCUCAAUUUCUACCUUCUCUUUCACAAACAAAGAGGCAAUUACAAAUGGCUGAGGCAGCUUUGGAUAUGACUCUCGACGAUCUCAUCAAGAAGAAUAAGACCGGUACCGGAGGUAAACCUCGUGGCAGAGGCUGCGGCGCCGCCUCCACCUCCAGUGCUGGACCUUCGAGACGGUUCCCUAAUCGUUCUGCUAACCGAGCUGCACCUUAUUCCACCGCCAAGGCCCCUGAAGCGUCGUGGAAUCAUGAUAUGUUCGCGGCAGAUCAAGCCGUCGCCUUUGGUCAAGCUGGUGGUCGGGCGUCUUCCAUAGAGACUGGGACUAAACUCUACAUCUCCAAUCUUGAUUACGGCGUCUCCAAAGAGGAUAUCAAGGAGCUCUUUUCAGAAAUUGGUGACCUAAAACGUUAUGCUGUUCAUUAUGAUAGGAGCGGGAGAUCAAAGGGAACGACAGAGGUGGUUUUCUCACGUAGACAAGAUACACUAGCUGGUGUUAAAAGGUUCAACAAUGUUCAGCUUGAUGGGAAGCCAAUGAAGAUUGAAAUUGUUGGAACUAACAUUGUCACUCCUACUGCCCCUUUUUCCAAUGGUGCUUUUGGUUUUGGAGAUACUAAUGGAGCUCCUAGAAGUGGUCAAGUAAGAGGUGGUGGUUUUGGGAGGUCACGGGGUGCCAGAGGACGUGGUCGUGGAUUUCGAGGAGGCAACAGAGGAUGGGGAAGAGGAGGUCGUGGAGAAAAGGUAUCUGCAGAAGAUCUAGAUGCUGAUUUGAUGAAAUAUCAUACAGAAGCAAUGCAGACGAACUGAUGGGUCUGGUAGUAAUGUUUGCCUCUACAUCCAGUGCUUAGUGGAGCCACACCACACAACACCACAGACUCUCUGUGCAAGCCUUUCCUUUUCAAGUUGCAAGAAAGAAAGUACUUGUAGGAAAAUUUCAGCCGUUCCUGUAGGGGUAUUAUGCUUAUUUAAUUUUUCCCUCGCUUUGGAUUUGUGACUUAGAUGGAGUGAUGUAAUCUACUCACUCUUUAAUUUAUGUAAGAGAUGUAUGAUUAUAGUGGAAAUGCUAAUCCUUAGCCCCUACCACGACAAGGCUUUGCCGAUGGUGGCAGACGCCAGCUGAAGGUGGUGGUCUGUGUCCUGAAGUCAAUAAUGCGGGUGUCAAUAGUGAGGCAGGUUUUGUCACUCUAUUCUUUUCCCCCUGGUUUCACAAUUGCAGUCUUUGUGCAAUUAGCUUUACUCUAAGCUUCUAUCUAGUUUUAUCCAAUGUUUGUAAUAAGCUUUAAAAAGUUGACUUAGGAAACAGGUAAUGGGAUCAUUAUUGGGUGACUAAGUUGAAUCAUCUGAAUGAAUUAUAUCUUAUUUCAAAUA